GAACCAUUUUCGGGAAAAGUUUGUAAUAUUUCAUUAUCACGAUAGAAUUUGUUAUUUGCCUUCAGCCAAUGAAGAGCUCGCAUUACUUUUCCCCGACGAACAUGAAAAAUCCCGAAAAUUGGAUCCAUCUUCAGUACUUGCGCGAUCAGCAUUUCUUCUACAUCAGAUCAUUCUCAAACAUACAUAUGGGAAUCGCCCAUUGCACGUUUCACAGAGAUUGUUCAUUGUGUUGCGAAAUUGGAACAGAAGCUUCCGAUCAGCAGGCAUAUUUUUGACGCAUACUUGACUUCUUUGUGAAAGCCUUGCUGCAAUUUGAUUUGGAGUUUCUUUUGCUAUAAGCGAAUAUUUCUUACGCGCAAGA